AUGGGUGGUGAAAUUGGUCCCUCCUUAGUUGAUUUGCAACAUUUGAUGUACUUAGAUCUUAGUUGCAAUAACUUCAGUAAAAUUCCCAAGUUUAUUGGUUCUUUAACUAAACUCAAGUAUCUCAACUUUGAACAAAAUCCUAUCGUCGAUGCUUUUCCUUUCCAGCUUGGGAAUCUCACUAAGUUACAAGUUCUCAAUCUUGAUAUUGACAAUUAUGGUCUCAUGAUUGAUAAUAAUCUUGAAUGGCUUUCUCAUCUCUCUUCCCUAAAAAUCUUUAAACUGAGUAACACCAAUUUCACCAAAGCCACAAAUUGGUUUCAAUCCAUUAAAACUGCUCCCUCUUUGUCAAGUUUAAGAUUAUAUAAUUGUCUUUUUCCGACAAUAGAUGUCAUCAACAAAAGCUCUUCAAAUUCUCUCACAAAACUUGACAUUGUAUACAAUACCAUACAUCCUAAGACAAUUCCAUGGUUGCUCAAUAUAAGUAGCAAUCUCUUUAGUUUGACCUUUUUGGAAAAUGAAGUAAGAGGUCCACUUCCAAAUUGUUUUCAAAACAUAAGAACUCUUGCACACAUUGACCUGUCAUACAAUGAAUUUGUUGGUGGAAUACCAAAAUCAUUGGGAAGUCUUUGCAAUCUUCAAGAGCUCUCUCUGUCAGAGAAUAAUUUCAAUACAACACUUCCGGAUGUUUUAGAAAGCCUUAGAGGUUGUGCUAAAGAUUCUUUAGAAAUAUUGGAUUUAAGAUCAAACCAAUUAAAAGGAUCCUUUCCAAUUUCGAAAUUGUUAUCCCAAAAAUUUGAAAAGAAUGAUGUGGCAGUAGAAUUGACACAUGGCAUGGAAGGACCGUUGCUGCAUCUUUCAAAAUUUUCAUCCCUAAGAUUGUUGGAUGUCUCUUACAAUAAGCUUAAUGGUACCUUACCGGAAGAUAUUGGCAAGCUUCAUCAUCUUAAGAUUAUGUUUCUCAAUUGGACCUCUUUCACUGGUACUUUAACUGAAGCUAUUGGUGAGCUCCAACAUCUUGAGAAUUUAGAUGUCUCUUCAAACACUUUCACGGGACUUGUCACUGAAGUUCACUUUAAAAGACUUUCCAACUUGAAAAGGCUUUCUUUUUUGGAUAACCCCUUAACAUUGACCUUCAACUCUACUUGGGUUCCACCAUUUCAACUAGUUGAUGUACUAUUGGGGUCAUGCAAGUUAGGUCCACAAUUUCCUACUUGGCUCAAAACCCAAAAAAAACUCUCCUAUCUUGACAUUUCUAACGCUCAAAUUUAUGAUAAGAUUCCAAAUUGGUUUUCUAAUCAAACUUUUGAGUUGAAGUUUCUAAAUCCGUCUUCAAAUGAAUUAUAUGGUCCUAUUCCAACUUAUCUAUCAAAUGUGAAGACAUUCCUUCUCGAUUGUCAUUUGAAUUUAAAGAAUUUGACUGUUCUGAAAUUAGAUAACAACAAUUUCUUUGGAGAAAUUCCAAGAUCAAUCAGUUUGUUAUAUGGAAUUCAAUAUUUUCUUUUGGGGCACAAUAAUUUCUUUGGAAAUCUUCCUUCAUCCUUACAAAAUUGUACGCAACUUAAGAUUCUUGAUGUCGAGGAUAAUAAUCUUGAAGGAAAUAUACCAACUUGGAUUGGGAAAAGACUAACAAAUUUGAUUUUCCUUCGACUAAAAUCAAAUAAUCUUUUUGGAGCCAUACCAUCAAAUCUAUGUCAUCUUCAAUUUGUUCAAAAAUUUGACAUUUCCAUGAAUAAUAUAGGUGGACAUAUUCCUUCAUCCAUAAAAAAUUUCUCCUCAACAACAGAUAAACGAGACGAUUUUCAAGUAAGUAACAUGCAGAUACAUGUUAACUUAGAUGAAAAUACUGGUCUAAACUAUGAAAUGGAUACAUUUAUUAUCUGGAAAGGAGUCAACCGACGAUACGGAGAGAUUCUAGGAUUAAUAAAACUAGUUGAUCUAUCAAGUAAUAAAUUGAAUGGAAAAAUUCCCGAGGAGUUAACAAAUCUUGUUGAAUUGAUUGAACUCAACAUUUCGAAGAAUAAUUUGAGUGGAGCUAUCCCAACGGAUAUUGGGAACUUGAAGAAGUUAGAGUCACUAGAUUUAUCACACAACAAAUUUUCUAGUGGAGACUUACCUUCUUCAAUAUUGUUGAUUCGUUUGGAGAUUGUUUAUAUGUGA